CUAUCUUGGAAUGUUUAUUUUUUGAAUUUUGUUUUUUAUUUUCAAAAUAACAAUGUCGAUUGAAAUUGAAUCAUCCGAUGUUAUAAGAUUGAUCGAACAAUUUUUAAAAGAAAAUAAUCUUCAUAAAACGUUGCAAGUAUUGCAAGAAGAAUCAUCGAUUCAAUUAAAUACGGUCGAUUCUAUUGAAUCUUUUGUACAAGAUAUUCAAAAUGGUCAUUGGGAAACUGUAUUAAAAGUUAUACAACCAUUAAAUCUUGCGGAUAAAAAACUUGUCGAUUUGUAUGAACAACUUGUAAUCGAAUUGAUUGAAAUGCGUGAAUAUGGUGCUGCUCGAAGUCUGCUUCGACAAACCGAUCCUAUGUUAAAACUGAAAAAUGAUCACGCCGAACGUUAUCUUCAUUUGGAAACAUUGCUGGCCAAAAGUUAUUUCGAUCCAAAUGAAGCCUACCCAGAAGGGAGCUGUAAAGAAAAACGACGUGCACAGAUUGCUCAGAGUUUGAGUUCAGAUGUUACCGUUGUUCCGUCAUCACGACUGAUGGUACUCAUUGGCCAGGCAUUAAAAUGGCAACAACAUCAAGGCCUAUUACCACAAGGUAGCUCCAUUGAUUUGUUCCGUGGAAAAACAUCAAUAAAAGAAGAAGAAGAUGAAACCUAUCCUACAAGGCUUUCAAAAAUAAUCAAAUUUGGCCAUAAAAUUCACGUUGAAUGUGCAACAUUUUCCCCGGAUGGUCAAUUUUUGGUUACAGGUACCAUUGAUGGACUAAUCGAAGUAUGGAAUUUUAUCACUGGAAAAAUUCGUAAAGAUCUCAAAUAUCAAGCACAGGAGCAAUUCAUGAUGAUGGACGAUGCUGUUUUGAGUUUAUCGUUUAGUAAAGAUUCCGAAAUGCUUGUUUCUGGCAGUCAAGAUGGCAAGAUAAAAAUCUGGAAAAUUCAAACUGGUCAGUGUAUACGCCGUUAUGAUAAAGCUCAUAACAAAGGUGUCACCUGUAUUCAAUUCAAUCGUGAUUGUACACAAGUCCUUUCGGGUAGCUAUGAUGGUACAUUGCGAAUACAUGGAAUGAAAAGUGGAAAAAUGCUGAAAGAAUUUCGUGGUCAUACAAGUUUUAUUAACACCGUAAUAUUUAGCAAUGAUCAACAUCAUGUUAUCAGUGGAAGUUCGGAUGGUACGGUUAAAAUAUGGAAUCUUAAAAAUGCUGAAUGUGUUAAUUCAUAUAAAUCAACUGCAAUAUCUGGAUCGGCAACAAUUGAAAUAGCAGUGAAUACCAUACAAUUGAUGCCAAAAACACCGGAACAUUUUCUAAUCUGUACCCGUAGUAAUACAAUCAGCAUAAUGAACAUGUCCGGACAAAUUGUUCGAACGUUAACAAAUGCUGUUGCAGAUGGCGGAGAUUUUGUCUGCUGUACCGUUUCACCGCAUGGUGAAUUCAUUUAUGCUGUGGCUGAAAAUCGACAAUUAUAUUGCUUUAAUGUUCAAUCUGGAAAGAUCGAUCAAACUAUGGAAGUUGCCGAUGCUGAAAUUAUUGGCCUCUGUCAUCAUCCCAAACAGAAUAUUCUGGCUACCUAUAGUAUCGAUGGAUUAUUAAAAUUGUGGAAAGCUUAAUUUUUUUUAUUAUAGCCAUUUUAC